AUGCGUUUCUCAACUGCCGUUCUCUUCGCUGGCAACGCCCUCGCUGCUGUCCAGCAAGAGUGUCUCACCAACCACAACGAGGACCUCGCCGCCUUCGCUGACUGUGCCAACAAAAACGCUCUCUCUUUCUGCCUCUCUAACCUCAAGGAGACCGACGAGGCCGCUCUCAAGACCUGCUACUCCUCUGCUGGCUGCUCCGCCGAGGACGCCGCCCGGGAGGCUCACUACACCAUCGAGCGAUGCUCAGAACUCGCCAGAGCCGGCGAGCUCAAGAAGCGCAUGGCCGCUGCUGCCAUGCCGAUCCUAAUCCCCCGCGCUGAGGCCGCCGGCUCCAUCACCCAGGGCCCCGAGGCCACUGGUGAGCUCAAGAAGCGCGCUGACACGUCGAGAGGAACAAACUGCUACACCACCUUCAAGAAGAGCACCGAGCAGUGCGAUCUCGAAACCGUCUCGGACAAGACCCAAACCGCUACCUGCUACAGCACUGAGAUCAGCACCAGCUCUUGUCGCAGCGAUGUUAUCUGCACCACCGACGCCUCAUCCGACGACAUCUGCAUGGUCAAGAAGGAGAUGGACACUGCCGGUAUCAUUAUCGCCAUUGUCUUUGCCGCUUCAGCUGCCGCCAUGCUUGGUUACCUCACCUUCAUGUGCUGCCGUGACCGCAAGGAGCAGAAGCGUCUCGUCGCCAAGGCCGAGACUGUUGCCCUUGCCCGUGCUGCCACAAAGAAGCAGCGCGCCGCUCAGCGCCAGCCUCUCAUCCGCAACGCGUCUGGCCAGUCCGCUCCCGGCGCCGGCAACCCCUUCCAGGACCGAAUCUAG